UGCUACGGCCGCUCGCUGCGCGGCGAGUUCGUGCACGACGACGUGUGGGCCAUCGUGAACAACCCCGACGUGCGGCCCGGGGCCCCGCUGCGCUGGGCCGUCUUCGCCAACGACUUCUGGGGCAAGGGCCUGGCGGACGGCGCCAGCCACAAGUCCUACCGGCCGCUGUGCGUGCUGUCCUUCAGGCUGAACAUUUUUCUGACCGGCAUGGACCCGCUCUACUUCCACGCCGUGAAUGUGGUCCUGCACUGCCUGGUGACCUUCGUGCUGAUGUACACCUGCGAGAAGACGGUCUUCAAGAGCCGCGGGCCGGCGUUCCUCACCGCCCUGCUCUUCGCGGUGCACCCUGUGCACACUGAGGCGGUGGCUGGCAUCGUGGGCAGAGCGGAUGUGCUGGCGUGCCUCCUGUUCCUGCUGGCCUUCCUCUCCUACCACAGGAGUCUGGAUCGGAGCUUCGAGGGCCCAGGCUCCCCCGCCACGGCCUCGCCCUUCUUCCUGCUGCUCAGUCUGCUCCUGGGGACCUGUGCCAUGCUGGUGAAGGAGACGGGCGUCACCGUGUUUGGCGUGUGCCUGCUCUAUGACCUCUUCUCCCCCUCCCGCAGGCAGGACGAGCUGAGCAAUGGGGUGACCUGUCAGCACAGCCUGGGGCGGCCCGGGAGCCCCCAGCCCGCCUCUCACCGGGAGAGCAGAAAGCAGCGCGUCCCACCCAGAGAUUCUUGGGGAGCCUGCCACUCACCGCUGCCAGCCCCGCCCCGGGGCAGGGCGCUUCCUGUGUCCCCAUGGGCGCUGUGGUCCUUGAUGAGGUGUUUGACAGGAAGCAACAGGAAUUUCCUGCUCACCCUGAGACCGUUUUUAAAACGGGCCAUUUUGGUCGUCAGUUAUGUGACUGUCAUUUUGUAUUUCCGCCUGUGGAUAAUGGGAGGAACUAUGCCCCUCUUCUCAGAGCAGGACAACCCCGCUUCCUUUUCACCCUACUUCCUUACGAGGUUCCUUACCUAUUCCUACCUCCUGGCCUUCAACAUGUGGCUUCUGCUCGCACCCAUCACCCUGUGCUACGACUGGCAAGUGGGCAGCAUUCCUCUGGUGGAGACCGUCUGGGACGUGAGGAACCUGGCUACCGUGCUCCUGGCAGUGGCGAUGGCCUCGCUGAGCCUGCACUGUGUGGCGGCCUUCAAGAAGCUGGAGCACAAGGAAGUGUUGACUGGCUUGCUGUUCCUGGUGUUCCCGUUCAUUCCAGCCAGCAACCUCUUCUUCAGGGUGGGCUUCGUGGUGGCCGAGAGAGUCCUGUACAUGCCUAGCAUGGGCUACUGCAUUCUCUUCGUGCAUGGACUGAGCAAGCUGUGCGCUGGGCUGAGCAGGUGCGGGGCCAGCUCGCUGAUGGCGUCCACUGUGCUGCUGCUGCUGCUCUUCUCCUGGAAAACUGUGAAGCAGAAUGAGAUCUGGCUGAGCAGAGAGUCCUUAUUCAGGUCUGGAGUUCAGACUCUGCCCCACAAUGCCAAGGUUCAUUACAACUACGCAAAUUUCCUGAAAGACCAAGGCCGGAACAAGGAGGCGAUCUACCACUACAGAACUGCCCUCAAGCUGUACCCACGCCACGCCAGUGCGCUGAACAACCUGGGGACCCUGACGAAGGACGUGGCCGAAGCGAAGGCGUACUACCAGAGGGCCCUGCAGCUGCACCCGCAGCACAACCGCGCGCUCUUCAAUCUGGGGAAUCUCCUGAAAUCCCAGGAGAAAACAGAAGAGGCCAUCGUGCUGCUGAGGGAGUCCAUUAAGUAUGGUCCAGACUUUGCUGACGCCUACUCCAGCUUGGCUUCCCUCCUGGCUGAGCAGGUGUGCACAGAAAUGACGGAACGAGUAGCUGGCGGCUCCGUCAAGUCAUCUCAGUUGCUGGGGGCUCUUGUUGAGGGCUUCUCCGGCCAGAGCUUUGGCAUCUUCCGCAGUAACACUCCUGUGUGGUCCCUCGUUCCCUGUUCUUACUUCGACUUACUUGUGAUAUGA